ACCACCAGUACGUCGCGGUAGUCUACCACCACCACCUACCACCACUACCAUCAUCACCUUUUACCUUUUGCCUGUCUACCAUUCUUUACCCGCCCUCUUUCUAAUCUUUCUUUGUGCGCAGGCGUGGACGCACCAUCCUCGACCGUCUCCACGCCACUCGCUAGCUCUGCUGUGACCCCCGAUUCUUCUUCUGCCGUCAGCACUGUGAGCAGCACGUCCAUCAUGGCCACCACUUCCUCCGCCGCCCCUACGACGACGACGACGAGUGCGCCGGCGACAACCACCUCCGCCGAAUCUUCAUCUAUACUCUCAUCCAUUAGCUCUGCAGUCUCAUCAUCUAUUCUCGACACGACCACUCCUGCACCACCACCCACCACCACAGCGAACGCACCGGCGCCAACCACGGAGCCAAACCAGCCCGUCUCGACCUCAACCAUAUCCGAGUCAUCCAUACCUGCAACUACACAAGUGAUCACAUCCAUAGUAACCGCAACCGGAACCUCUCCCGGCGAGCCCAACACCCCGGUGACGGUGGUCAUCACGCGGACCAAUGAGGCCACGAACGUUCCCGUCGCGACCCAGGUCACCGCCACCAGCGCAUCGCGAACAUCAUCUACCGGAUUGCAGAACACUGCCGGCUCUUCAUCAUCGAACAACGGCGGAGGAGGCCUGAGCACGGCAGGCGUCACUGCCAUUGCAGUCGUCGUCCCCGUCGUAGCCGUUGCGCUCCUCGUGCUUGCUGGCAUCUUCCUAUGGCGGAAACGCAAGGCGAAGAAAGCGGCCGAGGAGGCACGCCGUAAGGAGGUAGAGGACUACGGAUUUAACCCCAACAAUGAUCCGACGCUGCCUACUGUCGCAUCGGAAAAUGGCGCGGAAAUGACAGAGGAUAGCAGCGGCUAUCGGGGAUGGGGCGCGGCCACGGGUGGAUCAAGGAAGAUGUCUACAACGUUGACGAGUGGCCACACGCAAGGUCAGCUCUCGGACGCGGGAAGCAACCCAUACCGAGGUGCAGGAUCUGGAGAAGGCAGCGACGGUCACAGCGGCGAUGCCAUGCUGCACCAACGGCCGGACACCAUGGGCGGCGACCAGGUCGGUGACCUCGGGCAAGCACCCAUUGCGGGUAUGAACCAGUCCGGAAUGAAGCGAGGGCCUUCCAACGCUUCUUCGACCUACUCUGCUGCCGGCCAAUCCGACGUGAGCGAUGUCUCGCCACCACCUGGCAGCAUGCCUCAGUCUUACGACGCGUAUAACCCAGCCUCUGGUUUUGGCUACAGCCAACACGGUCCAUACGGCGAUGGCACGUAUGGAGGAGCCAGCAACCCCGACGGUAUGCCAAUCGUGCAAGACGUGAGUGCACGCCGGAACACACGGAUACAACAGCCCGGCAAUUACCAGCAAGGGGGAAUUGCGCAAAAUUUCUAAGCUAUAUUCGUUCCCAUAACGCGAUUCUGUUCAUGUCCAAAAGCAAAGUGUGCGGUCGGCGUGGGGGCUUUCUUUUUCUUUUUUGGAUUGUGCGAGGAGUGAAGCGGUCCGCGCUGCUUUGUUUCUCGAUUUCUCCUCACAGAAGGGGAGCAUUGGAGACGACUGUGCUGUCACGACUGCGACUCGCAUAUAUAUAUAUAUUUGAUCGCCGUCGGUGCUAUGACACACGGGGGAAACAUCAUUGCGAAGGCGUUCGUUCGAGAAAUUUCAUUGAUUUGUUUGUUGGCAUAGUUGCCUGCCGACAGGCAUGGCACGGCGAAGGCAGUAACACUACAUUUUGUUUCAUUUUGUGUGCAGGACGAGAGACGUCGAAGGAGGCGAAGACUGAGGCUUGACGAUGGUCAUUACGAUGGCUCUCAAAGUUGGACAUUCCAUGUACCGUAGGCUAAUACCAGGCAAGACCAUGCCAUUACAUAUUUCCCAGCAUAUUCACGACUGCAUCGAGUUCCAC